AUGGGCGGGGAGGAGGAGCAGGGGAGGCCGGGGUGCAUGGACCGCACGUUCGCCAGAGGCUUCUUCAUCCGAUGCACCUCCAUCUUCGGCAUCAUCAUCAACUACCUGCUCUUCGUCAUGGGGUUCGUCAUCACUGCCUACGGCCUGCGCCUUGGCAGCCAGGAGCGGGAGCAGAUGACUUUCCUCUCGCAGCAGUCUCAGAAUGCAACGCUGCAGGAGGAGCUCUUCAACUCCAUCAACAACCUGUCAGGACUCACUGUCGGUCUCGCCGUGAUAGGCAUCCUCUCCAUCUUCGUGGCGACCCUGGGCAUGUGCGGGUCCGUGAGAGGCUCCAGCAGCUGCCUGCAGUGCUAUUCGGUGGUGCUGGUGAUCAUGCUUGUGUCUCAAGCUGCGAUUGUUGGCCUGCUCUCUACUCGUGUCGCUGAUCUUGAUCAGUCUGCCAAGGAGGUCAUCAAGUCCAGCGCAGCAGCCAGGAACCUGGUGAAGCAGAGCGGGCAGCAGGCCCUGUACUUUGGGGUCCUCGCCUUCGGGGUAGAGUUCGUGGGGUUCAUCUUUGCGCUGCUGGCCCGAGCGGCGCUGAAUCGGAAGAAGCGGGAGGAGGAGUGGAACAUGGACCUGGGAGAGCUAAAGUCGAUCGGAGACAUCAGGUCCAACGUAAGCGACCACUUCAAGAAGUCCAAGCACAAGAGCAACGCCAUCCGCCUCGAGGACUGA